GGUUUUCAGUUGCGCUCAUGUUAUAUUUUGUAUUUUAACAAAAUACGCUUAUAAAUUAUUGAUAGAAGUGUUGUGAACAUUGAUAGAGAAGCUAAAAAAAAUUAUUUUCGUGUGAAAAUGGAUGGGAGUGAAUUGAAAAAAGGAAAUUUACCAAAAAUUGUUGAGAAAUUCGAGUAUGAUGCAGCAGUUGGCGGUAAUACACGAGUAGAAAAUGAAAUAACAACUUUCAAUCAUUGUCAUCAACGGAUUAACGAAAUAAAGAGCCUAACAUCAGCCAUUGCCAAUCCGAAUAGUACAAAAUUGGUCUUCCAAAAAUUGCCAAAACAUAUGCGUCGACGAGCAAUGUCACAUCACCCGAAUCGUUUACCACGAAAAUAUCGAUUGGCACAUCGUGCACAGAUGAGCAAAAGCGGUGCACCGGCCCAGACAAAACGUCCAUCACGAAAAUAUCGACGCAAACCAUCGAAUAUUUUGGCAGCAUAUCAACGACGGCAAAGGGCAAAUAUUUGGCUAGAAACGCACAUUUGGCAUGCCAAACGUUUUCAUAUGGUAUCAAAAUGGGGUUACAAACUAGCCGAAUCAUCUUGUGAUAAAACAUUUCGAUCAUCAUAUCGGGCAACAAUGAAACAUUGUCUCAUCCAAGACAUUUCGUAUGUUGGCAACAUCGAAAUACGUGGGCCAUUAGAUGUGCUACGAAAUAAAUUUGAACGUAUGCGUGGCCGAACACCGGACUUGGGUCUAUGUGCAAAAGCUUAUGUUGGCGGUCAACGUGAAGGAACGAUUGAAUUAUUUUCCAUUGAUGCAUAUCCAUACGGUGCAUUGGGUCGAUUUCAAUUCAUUUGGAAACGUGAAAAUGACAAUGAUGCACUGCGUACGUUGUGGCUAUUUGCACAUCCAUCGGUAUAUCAAAAAUUAGUCGAUGAACUUUGUGAACUGUUUGAAUUAGAGCUGCAAGAUGACCUUGAAAAUGGUGUAAAGAAACACAUGAAUAAUACAAUCAAUGCGGAACUGUACGAAAUGAGGCAUCAAUUGAAUCGCUUUCGCUUAACUGGACCAUUGUCUCAUGCUGUUUUAACAGCAGCGUUUAAGCCAAAAAUUACAUCCACAUCGGAGGAGAAAACAUGGUUUGUCGAUUAUUUGAUGGAAGAGAAAAAUCGUAAGAUUCACCAAACACAAACGAAACACUGGAAUGAUUUAAAACAUAUUAAAUCUGCAAUUGAUUUACCACCCGGAAUGAUACUUGGUCUGAAUAUUGAAGACCCACGCAUAAAUCGUCCAAAGAAAAGAACCAAAGCACUUCCACUUAUUGAUUCGCCAAUGGAUGAUGGUGCCGACGUUUGUUGUACAAUACCAGAAUUCAAUGGAGACAGUGUAUUAUGGGAGCGCAAUAAAUGUGAACGUAUUCAAAAUGAGAAAGUUUCAACACAUGAAAUUUGCGUUCAACGAAAUAAAAAUAUUCUUGUACCGGGUGAACGAUGUGCUUUUGAGAAUAAAUUACAAGCGGUGCCUGUACUUUUAAUACAACGACCCGGUUCCAAGGAUCCAAAGAAUCUUGGCUAUGGCAAUGGCUACGAUGUGAUUGUACCACCUGGUUAUGGCAUUUCCACAUGGAUGUGUUUAAUAAUGUGGGGUGCAAAACCCGGUGCACUACGUGAAAUGGAAACCGUAGCUCGCGAAGCAUUAGAGGAUGAAUUUUUGCCCGACACCACAUCGUCUAUAGUUAAUUCAAAUUUAAUGGCGAAUGAACUACGUAAAAAAUAUUUUCGUAGUCCACCGAAUAAACGUCAAAAUUACCUGAAACUCUCAAUAGCUAGCCCGUUCAAAUGUCCAUGGAUGCAAUUAAUACAAGAAUGGUGCAAUACUUCAUCGCCAACCGAACCCAAAUACUAUGUAUUGCGUGACAAAAACAAGUUGAACAAAAUCAAUCAAUUUUUACUUGGAAAAGAACGAAAUCUGACCGAUAUCGAUGAAAAUUGUUUGAUUCCAGUUUCACUUGCGAUGAAUGGUCGUGGUAAUGCGAAAAAAUUCUCUAUUAUUUGUUUACCAAAGAAACAGGAUAUUCGAAACAAUGAAAAAAAUCGAAAUGAAUUUAUAAAUCGACCAGUACUGUCUGAACCGGUGGCCAUUGACGUAAAUGAAACCCAACGGAAACUCUUACGAUUGAAUCAUUUAAAAAUGCUAAAACGUUUGCGACGUCGACGAGUUCGUGUUAAACGCAAACAACAGGAGUUUGUAGAUCGUAAAGUAAUUAUUGCGCCGUCACAUACAACAAAGCAAACAAAAUUACAAUACGAUCGAAUGUGUGAACUAUGGUUACCAUCAGCGCCUAAAGCGAUUCGUAAACAAUGCACACGUGACGUCUUUGGCUAUUUGACACAAUGUCAAUUUAUGUUCCAUGAAGCAAAAGUAUCAGGUGUGGGCUAUGUUACGGUAAAUGGCAUUCGCGAAUUGGCCAAGUUAGGUGUGAAUCAGAAACGAAAAUUAAAUCAAGUAUUAGUUCGAGAUCCGAAUAGCUCAAUUUAUCGCUUUGCAACACUAUCCAUUCGUUAUCACUGACAGUUUACAUAUGCUAAUUAAUGAUUUUUAUAAUAAAAUUUUCACAAAAACGAAA